AUGGGCCGCACACUAGCCCAAUGUGCUGACAGUCAUCAGAGUCUCUGCUCCCAGCAGGUGACCAUUGAACCCUCAACCCAGUCCCAUGCUGAGGGAAAUGGCUGGGGGUCCCUCCAAAGACCAACACCACCAGGCUGGGGUUGGACACACAUAAGGGAGCCGGCGUACAGAUUUAAAAAACUGCUCUGCUGUGCUGAGGACGGGUCAACACCGGGCUCCAAAGCCCCCCAGGUCACUGGGGUCAGAGUUCAGCUAGAGAUGUACACUCUAUGGAAGCAGUUUGACCAGCUGGGCACCGAGAUGAUCGUUACCAAAGCUGGGAGAAGGAUGUUUCCAACAUUCCAGGUGAGGAUCUCUGGUAUGGACCCCGCUGCUGAAUAUGUCCUUCUUAUGGAUUUUAUCCCUGUGGAUGACAAGAGAUACAGAUAUGCAUUCCAUAGCUCUUCCUGGCUGGUGGCAGGACGUGCAGACGUUGCUGCCCCAGGUAGGAUGUAUUUCCAUCCUGACUCGCCGGCCCGUGGAACCCAGUGGAUGAAGCAGACGGUGUCCUUUGAUGCACUCAAACUCACUAACAACCUGCUGGAUGACAAUGGACACAUGAUCCUGAACUCCAUGCAUCGCUACCAGCCACGUUUCCAUGUUGUGUAUGUGGAUCCGGCUCCUAACAGCCACUUACAUGCCAACAGGAACUUCUGCUCCUUCUCUUUCCCUGAGACUCGCUUCAUCGCUGUCACAGCCUACCAGAACCACCGGAUUACCCAGCUGAAGAUAGCAAGCAACCCAUUCGCUAAAGGCUUUAGAACAGCAGACCCCCAGGACUGGGUGGGUAACGUCAUGGCCCUGACAGUGCGGCAUCCACCAGAGGGCAGAGCAGAGCCCCACACCAAAACAGCAGGAGAGCAGCAAAUGAGCUUUGGAUCAGAUACCUUAGCUGGGCGAGAGGACCCCACCCCCCUGUUGGCAGAGCAGUGUGGGCUGCCCCCCCAUCCCAAAGAGGCCUUGGGAUGUUCUACUGAGAGGAAGGAUGGGGACUGUAUUUUCCCAUCACCUUUUCUCUGUCUUACUCCUUACUGGGACUGUCCUAACUCCUCUUCAGAGAGACUCAAUUUGUCAUAAACAAACAAACAAACAGAAAAACAGACAGACUAUUAAUUAAUUAAUUAAUUAAUUCGAACUCGUGCUUUAACAUUAAUAUUUGAUUCGACCUACUAUUUUACUGUUCUCAUGUCAUGAUAUAUAAUAUUUCAUCACAUUUUUGCAUAAUGAAAUAAUUAUGUUUGA